AUGGAUAAUCCUAUUAAACAAGUUGAUUUAAUGAUAGAUGGUGAUAUGAUUUAUUGUCGUCCUCAUCAUCUUGAGACUUGUUCCAAAUGCAACCUAGACUUCAAUUCCUUAAAUGCUUUACACAAAAGUCUCCUACAAAUAAACGGCGAUAUUCCACCACCAAAUGUAAUAAACCAAAAAUUAGCAAAUCAAAUUAAUGGCUUGAAAGAAGAAGGAAAUAAAUUUUACAAAGCGCAAAAUUAUCCAGAAGCAAUUAGGUUAUAUUCAUUAGGAAUUGAGAUGGCAUUUCAACGACCAGUUUGGGAACCUUGUGAAUUAACGAGACGAGAUGUUUCGACUUGCUUAAUCAACAGAGCAGCAGCACAUAUGGCAAUCAAUUCAUGGGUCAAUGCUUAUAUAGAUGCCGAAUGGGGGAUUCGAAUUAAACCAGAUUAUGUCAAGGGAUAUUUUAGAAAAGGGAAAGCUUUGAUGGAAAUGAAAAGAUAUGAUGAAGCUGUACAUGCAUUCGAAAUAGGUUUGGAGUUUGAACCUCAGGAUAAAAGUUUAAAGGAUGCGCUUGAUGAAGCUAGAAAAUUUACAAAAAAAUUAGCCUGGGAGGAUUAA